UUAUGGAAGCAGCAGCAUUAAGUGCAAGUUUAGCCAUAUUGCAAAAAUUUAGCACCAAACAAAAAAUAAGAGUAUCAAUCAGUAAUAAACAUGCUGACUGUUCGCUCGAGUUUAUGCAAUAUUAUUAUGCUGGUAAAUGUAUUACUGCUCCAGAGUCGAUUGCUAAUAGUGCAGGCAAAUAUACAUCAGCCUUUGAAGGAAUGCUCGAUACGGAGGGAAUGAUUUGUUACCAUAUUACGAAACCAUCUUUUGAACAAAACCGGGCACAAUUUGGCAAAACAAAUGAAUUUUGCGUUCAACUCAGCACAGAAAAACUUCCUGAAAACAAAGAAGAAAAGAUGAAUUUUUUUAAAAUGAGACAUACUCUAAAUCCUCAAUCCCCUGGUUAUAUCUUUAAGUGGCCUAAAGAUGGAGAGACACCUAAAGUAAAAUUUAUGUUUACUGCCACCUUGACUGAUAGGUGA